GUUUCCGGUUGGCCCGAGCGUGUGUUGUUGAAGGAAGGAAGGCGUGUGGGGCUUCCCUGGGCCGUAGGUUAGGCGCUGGCUGGCACGGCUGUGUGUGUCAUUGGCACGGCGGUGCUGCGGCCACCGAACACUCCCCGCGCAUCGGAGCACCGACAGAACCGCCCGUGUGGCAUGUUGUGGACGGCCGGCGCGAUCGAAAAGCGGAACUGCUGAGAAGCGCCGCAGCUGUGUGGUCACGUCAAGACAGCUACGCUACCCCCCCUCCAGCCCAGACGCCGCUGUCAUGGAUAAGUUGCUAGCGCAGUGCGGCUGCCUCUACGGGCUGCGGUACGGGCCCGAGGAGCUGGAACAGCUGCAGCGCAGUCACAAGAUCGACAAAAUGAUCCAAAAGGACAAGCAGGUGAUUCGGCGCCAGGUCAAGCUGCUGCUGCUGGGCGCCGGCGAAAGCGGCAAGAGCACUUUCCUCAAGCAGAUGCGCAUCAUCCACCACUGCAGCUUCGAGCCCGAACAGCUAGUCGAGUAUAGGGCCGUCGUGUUCCAGAACGUGCUUCGCGGCAUGAAGGUGCUGGCGGACGCCCGGCAGAAGCUGGCCAUCGCGUGGCAGAACCCCGCGAACGAAGUUCACGCUCAGCGCUUGCUGGGUUACGAGUCGUCCCUCGAACCCGCCGACGCCGAGACAUUCGGCCGGUACGCGCCCUCGGUGCGGGCUCUGUGGCAGGACGCCGGAAUCCGGGUCGCCUUCGAGCGACGCAUCGAGUUCCAACUGGGCGAUGGAGUUCGCUACUUUUUUGACCACCUGGACCGAAUUGCUACCAAGGAGUACAUACCCACCAACCAGGACAUUCUGCACGCGCGGAAGGCCACCAAGAGCAUCACGGAGUUCGUGGUGCCCGUCAACGGAGUGCCGUUCCGUUUCGUCGAUGUGGGUGGCCAGAGGUCGCAGCGCCAAAAGUGGUUUCGCUGUUUCGACAGUGUCACCUCCAUCCUCUUCCUCGUGUCGUCCAGUGAAUUUGAUCAGGCAUUGCUGGAGGAUCGCUCCACGAACCGACUGGUGGAGUCUCGCAGCAUCUUUGAGACCAUAGUGAACAAUCGGUGCUUUGCCGAGGUGUCAAUCAUCCUGUUUUUCAACAAGACGGACUUGCUCCGGGAGAAGCUCCUUUCGGGCACCACCAGCAUCGCCGACUACAUCGAGAAUUUCCGCGGCGACCCGCACAACCUUGGCGACGUGCAACGCUUCCUGGUGAACUGGUUUUACCAGGCUCGCCGCAGCCAACACAAGCCACUCUUCCACCACUUCACCACGGCCGUGGACACGGAGAACAUCAAGGUGGUGUUCAACGCGGUGCGUGACACCAUCCUGCAGAAGAACAUCACCCAGCUGAUGCUGCAGUGAGCAGCUGGCCAGCCUACUCUUGUGUGUCCGCGCGUGUGUGCGGCUGCGGUGAUAUAUCGGCGGGUUCUGUUGGAUAUUGUAAAAUUGGCUAUUCUUGCCUCUGGCUAAGUGUUACCAUAGUGGGUGUGUGGCACUAAAUGUCUCACACAUUUUUGCUAGGACAGAUUUAAAACCUAUCGUACGACUCUGAUAAGUUGUAUGGGAUUGUGCACUCACUGCACAGCUUCUCGUGAGCUUAGUUGCCGUAUUUAGUUUGCCAUUGAAACUGCAGGCAAAUGACGACCGAAGCUAAACUGUUCGAAAAAAUGUCAUGGAUAACUAGAAGGGGAGUAGUCGAUUAAGUUGUAAGAGAUUACGUGACUGUAAAAUGGGAUUAGCUUCGAUCUUACAUGUACUUGCAGAACUUGCAUCAUAGAUCGCCGCAGCAGAGGUGCCUCAUUUGGCGCAUGUGCAGCUGCCUGCCUAGCCGCACUUUUAUGGCAGUGCGUUCACUGCUCUAGUCUGAAGUGCAGCUUUAAGUGAACUUUUUCUUUGGGGGCACGUCUGGGAGUACAAAUGGUAAUUGCCGAUGUACAUAUUGUAAAUAAACACACGAAGUGCCUUGACUUUCUUGAGUCAACUUGUGCUGUGUACCAGUGACUCAGUACUGUGCCCUGUGACACAGCUAUCAUGUCUGCCAAAGGGUUUGUGCGAAAUGUCUGUGUCGGUGGGAGGAGGCAAAUUUAAUCUUGGAAAAGGAAAUUUGUGCUCGCUAGGAUUUUGGAAACCGCCAAGGCUUGCAUUUUACAUCAUCUUGCAUGUUUUUGCUCGUGCCGCCAGUUUCGUAUACUCUUUAGUAGGAUAUGAACAUGAAAAGUGAGUUAAAACAACACUUGAUGGUUUCUUUGGCACCUUGUGAUGUUCUGGCAUCUUGCAAACAGUGCAGAUGAUGUUGCUACUUUUGUUUGCCAUUUGCAUUCCUGCCGACAUUCUAAUGUUGUCUCGCGCUCUUGUAUGCUGGGCAUCAAGCGCGCUUGAGAAAAGACAGACCAGAUGUGGGGAACAGCCUGGUGGUGGUAACGCGUGCCUGGUGCAACACACUGCCUAUGAAGUGGCACCUCACUUUGAGAUACCCGUGAACAUACUUUCUUAGCUGUGAUUCGCGAACAUCGAACCUGGAGCUUACAGCAGACACAGACAUGCAUUUCUAUGUGUCUGCCGAAUGUCAACGGGUGCUUUUACCUUGCGUAUUCUUUAUUAAUUAAAAAUACUCAUGGAAACUUUGUUAGGAUGAUUGGAGUUAUUGAUUAGGUAUUCAACCUUCCAGGCUUCAAAUGGUAAGAAGUACUCACUUUAAGUUUGCCAUGAGUUCCGAGCAAAUUUUAUGUGAUUGUGGCCUGUGGCCAUUUUUGGGAUUCAUGCAAGUGAUGGUCUCAUACUCAAUUUUGUCUCCUUGCCGUUUUCUGUAUGUCUGUUUGCCAAGUGCAGUUUCACGUGCCAAUUUAUCCUAGUUCCCUGCAGAGCGCAGGGAGCAGUGCCUCCAUUUUUUUUUAUAAUGACCGCAGUUUCAUCAUCGCAUAUUGUAUGUUAAUGACUCUGCUAGCCCACGAGGCAAUUUGUUGUUUGCAGUGUGUAGCUGCCUGUGUGAGCUUUUGAUGGCAGCUGUCUCCUCUUACUAUAUGUAAUGUUAAACGAGUACUACUACUAUAAUGUGUGAAAAUGGGAACAAGGGAGUGUUUAUACCAUGCAAGCAGUAAUAGUGUGUUGUUGCAAUUUCUCAUGUCGGAAACACACUUGCAACUCCCUUUGCUUGGUCUUAAGUGCACGUGGUGUCUUCAAAACUCUCCUACGUUUUCCCAAAGUGCAAUGAAAUCCGUGGGCACAACCAGUCAGGCUUUCACCUUGUAAGCCAGCCUACGCUCGAAAACUGACUGUUGCCCAAUACAUUUUUGUAUUUUUCCCAGCAGUGGGUGGUCUGUUCAAUAGUUUUUUUUUCUUGACACAACAUACCUAACUGCUUUCCUAAAAAUUUUAUAUAUUUUUUUUCACCUCACCUUUUCUUUUGUGUGUGUGUGUUGCACCAUAAAGAGCUUAUGUGACCACUGAGCUUUGAUGUCUGUGGGCUUAUGUAAAGCCUGUUGUGUCUGUGCCGAAAGUUGCCUGCCUUUUCAUGACCUUGUGCAGCUGAACAAAUUGAGACAGGGCAGCUUGUAUAUGUGGCGCACUUUAUGAUGCCAUUAUUUAGUCGCACAUUCAAGGUCGGCCUGAUGGGUACUACCCGGAGUAGCGCAUUGCAAAGACUUGAAAAAGCGUUUCUGUGAGACGUGACAUUACUACCUUCUUUUUUGUCUCUUUAUGAUACUAUAAAGAUUGCAGUGGCGCACCGACGGGGGGGAUUCGGGGGUUGUAACCCCCCCUGAGGCCGACUUAACCCCCCCUUUUGUUUAACCCUUUUUCUUUCCUUACGCAUAAGAUGUAAGACGCGCAAUCGUCUGCACACUCGCAAAAAGCGCAUUUUUUGACAAUUUCCAGUGAAGAAAUCGAAAUUAGUGCUGUUUAGAUUGUAUUGGCAAACUGUCACCCCCCCCCCCCUGGCAGAGAUCCUGGGUGCGCUGCUGAAAGAUUGAAUGCAUUAUUUUACAUUGAAGCGUGCUUGAUGCAAGUUGGGUAGGAAGAAGAAAAAGAAAAGGAGAUAUCACUGGAGCACAGCGUGUCCCGAUUCCCCAGCCAGGGGAUUUCAGGUGCACCAGUCGAUGCAAUGGGCUGCCUCGUGUUACCCUUCAAGGAUGUUCUGCCUUGGUGCAGGCAGAGAGAAAAUUGUCUGGACCUCACACGUAGAUGAGAGUUGUACGUGCCUUAAGCUCUGCUCCACUGUUCUCGCUUGCAUGUGAUCCUGACCAUCGCAUGCGGCGAAAAGUGUUUGAUGUGGCGCACUUUCACUGGCGUGGCACUGCGAGCCACAGGAAGCUUCACUCAGGGAAAGGUGGUCCAGGCAGUCCACUCUCUGCAGUGACAGUAUUAUUGCGGUCACUGGUUGGUGCGUGCAGUAAAAGAUGUAUUUUGUCCUCUUGGCAUUUUUUUUUGCUGCCGUGCCUUAUUAGUGGGGACAGGCCUGUUCGACUCCUUGGGUAUUUGUCAUUGCUGAGCUAUCCUGUCCUCUUGUGUUGUCUAUGUGCAACAUACUUUAUUAUUAUGUGUCACGCUGGAAAAGUCAGUUUUUUUUUUUUUUUUCGUUCACUAGCAGUUCGUGGGACAGCAUUAAACAGAGCUACCAGUGAAACAAGUUUACGGAGAAAUUGUGUAUGUUCAGAUGGGUGGCCAUCUUACCAGGGUCCAGUUUUCUUUUUGUGCGAUAUGUACUGGAGCGGUGUUACUCAUGCAAAAAAAAGAAUAUGCAGUUAUUUUAAGUUUUAAGACGUUUUGGAAAAUAAAUGUGGAAACACUGCUA